CAUCCGUGGCGCCUACUGGAAAAGGGCGAGAUUUCUGGGCCCAGUUCAGGACAGCAAGCCACGCUGUGCUACCCGCGUCGAUGCUCUUGCCCAAGCGAGUCAAUCAAUGCUCAUCUGAUUUCGUCUUUCUCCGUUUCCCUCCUUUUCCUUUCACCCGGAGGCGAGGCCAACACCAGCCACUGUGCAGUCCUCUUCCGUGACGGCUCAGAGGAUUAAUUGAAUGCAUGGAGCACGACGAUGGCAACAAGGUUCCACUUCAGUUGGACUGGGAUCGACUCUUGCCUUCGCGAGACGACGAGCCCCCACCUACGCUCAUCAUCUCUCAACCCCCAAAAUUGGCUGACGCCGUUCUCGAUCAGCAAUCUCCAGUCGCUGAUAACCUAGAACGGUAUAGUGAUCGUGAUCUUAUGGAUUUACUCCGAAGGAAAAAACGCACCCUGGAGACCACUGGUCCGAAAUUGCCUGACAAAGGUGAAAAACUUCGAGUCCUUAUCAAACACUGUGAAGAUGAGUUGGCUCACAGGAAGAGGAGACGUGUGGACGAGAAAGUUGAUGAGAAUGAGAAGCCCAGACCAGCAACGAGCUCAAGUAUUGUUGAAAGCACAAAAGUUGAGGGGCCAAAAGUCGAGCUUGAUUCUGAUAAGGAGCCUGAUGAUUUGAUGUCUUCUGGAAAGUGGCUAAAAGGGAGGUCUAUUGACUUUAGGCAUGAAGAUGAAUCAUCAAAAGCACAUCCGCCACCCUCAUUUGCACCUUGUUUAAAUAAUAAAAUGAAAGAUACUGAUUGUCAGAAAACCAAUGCAUUUAGUAAAGAGUUAUCACAUUUCAAGCAUUGUCUCAGUCACAAAAUGAGACAUAAUGAAGACUUUUCACAGAAGAAAAGAAAGAGAGAUCAAUCAUCUUCAAGACAGGUGCCAUUCCAAUGCCCUAGCAACAUUUCCAGAUCUAAAACUGCUAGUGAAGAUAAAAGUCAGAGAGCAACUUCCACAUUCUCUCUGCAGAGAAUUGGGGAAAAGCUAUCUGGUUGCUUUCCAAAAAUCAAGGAUGCUUUUAAGGCUAUUCGGUCAGAUGGCCCAAGUUCUAGGAAGGAUCCACUCAUUGUUCUUGAUGAAGAGGAUGGACACUAUAAUUUGGAGGAAAUAGAUGAAGACGACAAAUUUGCUGAAUGCCUGAAAGAAGCUAGGAUUUAUUAUCCAUCAAGUGAUGAUCCGGAAUCUGUUGAAAUUAGUUACACAGAUAUGGAUUGUCUUGCCCCCGGAGGUUAUUUAACAUCAACUAUUAUGAACUUUUACAUACGAUACCUACAGCAGCAAGCAUCUCUGACGGACAGAUCAGUGACUGAUUAUCUUUUUCUUAAUACAUAUUUCUACAAGAAGCUUAAGGAUGCUGGUUCCUACAAGCAAAGUGAUAGAGAGACAUUCUAUGUGAAGUUCAGAAGGUGGUGGAAGGGUGUGAAUAUUUUUCAGAAGGCAUAUGUUCUAAUUCCCAUACAUGAGGAUCUUCAUUGGAGCUUGGCCAUUAUAUGCAUACCAGACAUGGAGGAUGAAUCGGGCCCAAUCAUAUUGCAUUUGGAUUCUCUGGGUCUUCACUCAAGUAGAUCAGUUUUUGAUAAUGUAAGAAGGUAUUUGAUAGAAGAAUGGAGAUAUUUGGUCCAAGAAUCUGUGUGUUCAGAUAUUCCUAUUGAAGAUGGAAUAUGGAAGAAUCUUGAUUGUAAAAUCAAAGAAAGAAUCAUCACGGUCCCUCAACAGAAGAAUGACUGUGAUUGUGGUCUUUUUGUGCUGUACUUCAUCAAGCGUUUCAUUGAAGAGGCUCCCAAAAGAUUGAGGAAGAAAGAUAUGCCCAUGUUUGGGAGGCAGUGGUUCCAGCCUGAAGAGGCAUCUGAUUUAAGAGUGAGAAUACGUGCUUUGCUUAAAAUCGAAUUUCGCAAGGCACAUAAGCAAAAAGCUAUCUCUCCGGACUCUGUCGUGACUAUCCAUGAUUCAUGACCUGGUAGUGUUGGUUGACGGAUUUGUGCAUAGUUCACGUUGCAGAUGCAGCUUUAUUUUCAGCCUCCUGGUGUCCAUACCGCACAAUAACCUAUUAGCGGCAUUCCAUACAAAAAAUGGUAAUGUUUGGUAUGCCCAAGGAUACUAACUUCAAGUCCUCGGGGUUGAGAUUACCCCAAAUCUCUGAUUGAAAUGUAUAGAGGAAAGAGAGUUGACAACUAAAAAAGGCAGGCUUGUAGAGGGGAGACAUCAAUUAUUUUGUACAUGUAACAGGCAUUGAAUAGGUUCAAACGCUUUACAAUGCUGACCUAGAUAUGGCCUUCAUAUAAUGAAAUUGAGCCGGUGGAUAUUCUUGCUGCGAGGAGUAUCACUCAUUUGCCUUGCACAGCCAAUUUGGUCUUCGAACAAGAGUAGUACUUCAUCAAUUUUCCUCCUAGCUAGUUUAAGCGGACACGAACCAUGUAGUUGCUUUUUCUCUUUUUGGAUGUAACUCAUUAUGGGCAGUCUUUUGGGCCAGGAUCUCCAAAAAUCAAACCUGUGUUAUUCUCCUUAGGACUGCUUACCAUCUUAACUGAUAAUUUGUUAGUAAAUUAUAUAGUCGUCUUUAUUAGUAUUUAGUAGUAACAGGUAAAUGUGUGUAAAAAUAUUCUCUAUCUUUUUCAAAAAAAUUUGGAUGAAAAAAUACGUAUCAAUUUUCCUCA